GUACGAGCUGCCGCCUCUGGGUUCGGGUUCUUCAUGCCAGCCCUGGUCACACAGGGGGAUCCUAGGAGUUUCCUUCCCAGCCAGACCUGCCCCAGGACAUCCCGGUGCGUGCCCAAGUGCCUGGGGCGAGUGCCCAGCCCAGGACUCGGCCUCUCUGCUCAGCAGCCUCUGCCCGCACUGCCAGGAUGCAGCGGGGACUCCAUGCCACCCUCGUCCUUGUGCUGGUGCUGGCCCAGCCCCCAGGCACGAGUCCUGGGACAAUGUCUUGCUCCCCUGUGCGGCUAAAUGGGAUCCUUGGCGAGUCGGUCGUCCUUCCUCACAACGCUGCACCUGGAUUCAAACGCAUCACAUGGUUCCCCCCCAAUCGUCUCCACGAUGCAUCAGGCACAGCGGUGCCCUUGGCAGUCAUCAUGCCGCGGAGGCCUGGAGAGCUGCCCCACAUCUCCGUGCCAGACCAGAGGUACAGAGGUAAAGUGAGACUCUUUGACCAGAACUACUCGCUGGAAGUCAGCGCCCUGACGAUGCAAGAUGCGGGCAAAUACGGGCUGACAGAAAACAGAGUGGGAAUUGAUAUAUACGAUUGUUCCUACUUGCUGAAUCUGUACGCGCGUCUGCCAGAGCCGGAGAUCAGCACCCGCCUGACCAGGGAGGUGGACGGCACCUGCAAUGUGACAUUCACCUGCCACGCUGGGGAGCCCGACCCGCACACCACGUAUACCUGGGCCCACCCAGGAGGAGGCGCCGUGGUCACCCCCGGGAAAUCCCUGUUCAUGCAGCACCAGCCUGGAGAUGAGGACUCACCUGUCACCUGCACGGCCACAAACCCCGUCAGCAACAGCUCGGCCACAGCCUCCCCAAAGGCAGCUUGUGAAGGCGCCACCCUGGCCCCUUCACUGUCCUAUUGCCGUGCCAAGGGGCUCAUCCUGCUGGGGGUGCUGGCAGUCCUGGUCCCCGGGAUCCUGGCCGUGCACAUGCUCACCAGGAGGAAGCCGAGACAUGCUCACCACGAGGAGUCCACCUCAGGAAGGGGGCCAAGAUGAGGGCAGGGGGUUUGCUGGGGGCGCGGGACACACCUCUCUCAAGUCGGUGCUUUUCUCAGCUCCCAAGCGGGGU